AUGGAGGGGCCCGUGGGCUUGGGCGGGCUGCGGGUGGGGCGGCGGGCCUGCUCCGUCAGGCUGGACCGGGCCCGGGGGCUGCUGGCCUGGACGGACCGCCACCCCGGACCCCGGACGCGACCCCCGAACGCCCAACGCAGUUAUUCGGUGCCUAUUUCUGAGAUUAUCACCGUAGAAGAAACAGAGAUUGACGAGAAGAAACACAAUAGUGGAAAAUGGCAAAAAAUGGCAAAGCCUCAUGCUUUCACAGUGUACUACGUGAAGAGAGCCCGGCAUCACCACUGGCGGUGUGGACAAGUGACGUUUUGGUGCAGUGAGGAGCAGCUGUGUACCCAGUGGUUGCAGGCCCUCCGAGAAUCGCUCCAGAAACUGACAACUCGACCGAAACACUUACUUGUGUACAUCAACCCCUUUGGAGGAAAGCAACAGGCAAAGCGAAUCUAUGAGCAGAAAGUGGCUCCACUGUUCAACCUGGCCUCCAUCUCUGCCGACGUCAUCGUCACCGAGCACGCUAAUCAUGCCAAGGACAGUUUACUGGAGAUUAAUAUUGAGAAAUACGAUGGGAUUGUGUGCGUCGGUGGGGACGGGAUGUUCAGUGAAGUGAUGCACGGCCUCAUUGGAAGAACCCAGAAGGAUUCCGGGAUCGAUCAGAAUAAUCCCCGAGCAUCGCUAGUCCAGUGUAACCUAAGGAUUGGCAUCAUCCCAGCAGGUUCCACAGACUGUGUUUGCUACGCAACAGUUGGUGCCAACGAUCCAGUCACGUCGGCAUUGCAUAUUAUUGUUGGCGACUCCCUGCCCCUGGACGUCUCUUCGGUCCAUCACAACGCCACGUUUCUGAAGUACUCGGUCUCCCUGCUGGGCUAUGGGUUUUAUGGGGACAUCCUGAGAGACAGCGAGAAGAACCGGUGGAUGGGGCUGAUCAGAUACGACUUUUCAGGUUUCAAGACCUUCCUGUCUCAUCAUUACUACGAGGGCACGGUGUCCUUCCUGCCGGCUCAGCACACGGUGGGAUCUCCCCGAGAUAAAAAGGGUUGUCACACGGGAUGUUUUGUUUGCCGGCAAAGUAAGCAGCAACUGGAAGAGCAGCAGAAAAAAGCGUUGUAUGGCUUGGAAAAUACAGAGGAAGCCGAGGAGUGGAAAGUGGUCCGGGGGAAGUUUCUGGCCAUCAACGCGGCCAACAUGAGCUGCGCUUGCCCCCGGAGCCGGAAAGGGCUCUCCCCGGCCGCUCACCUGGCCGACGGCUCUGCCGAUCUCAUCCUGGUCCGCAACUGCUCCCGCUUCAACUUCCUGCGCUACCUCCUGCGGCACACCAACCGGGACGAUCAGUUUGACUUCACGUUCGUCGAGGUGUACCGCGUCAGGAAGUUCCGGUUCACGUCCAAGCAUUCGGAAGAGGAGGACGCUGCCGGCCAGCCCGUCGGGCCCAAGCCCUUGGGCCCCGUGUGCGGGGACCCUCCCGCCCCUUGCUGCUGCGGCUGCGGCUGCCCCUUGGGUGGAAGCACCUGGAACUGCGACGGGGAGAUCCUCAACAACUCCGCCGUUGAGGUCAGGGUUCACUGCCAGUUGCUGCGCCUCUUUGCCAGAGGAAUCGAGGAGAAGCCCCAGCGGGAAGAGCGGAGCUGAGAAGCGUCCCCGGGGUCGCCCGCCGCCUCGCUUGCGCACAUCUCCACACCACCUUUAGGAAAAAAAGAUAAUCCGUCGGACAGAGUACGCUGAUGCCCAUUUGACAUUCGGAGUUUAUUUUUGAUAGCUAUAUUUUAAUUUUAGAAGGAAAAAAAUCCUCAUACGUCAACCACGCCUGUAUGUCUUUUAGCCUUUGAACUUUGGUCCGAUCCUCCGCUUGUAUUUCAGGAUAAUUUAUUCCCCACACCAGUGUGGGUCACCCAAGAGACCGCGUCUGACCUUCCCCGCUUGCCGAAGGCCCAACUUGGUGGCAGUGCUGCAUUCGCAACAGUGACAAUAACAACAACAACGACAACCGUAGCCGCUCGGCCUGCAAAUGAAGGCGAGUCCUUCUGUCUGGGAAGACUCUUGCUCCCAGCCCUUGCUCAACUGGAUCUGCCUCCUUUUGUGGCGGGAUCAGGGCCGACUUUGGAUCCCCAGAUCACGUUCUCCUCCCUCGUCAUUUUCGAUCCACCCUCUCUGUCCUGCACAACACAGCAAUGCAAUUUUCCAGCGCGUCCGAGCGCUCGGUCAAUUCCUCCGAUCCACUGAUUCAUCCUGGCUCUGGAAUACUCAGCAUCACCCCCCCAGUUAAACGAGGAAUGUCUUUGUCGCUUUAACGUCGCCCCUUCCCCCGUCUCGGCUGCCCGCGCCUCUCAGAACAGAGCGUCCUCGAGCCGCUAACGAGUGUUGAAACACUUUCCGGUUCGGGAAAGACGGCUCACGAGAGAAUAGCUCUCCGAGGCAGAAAUACAGGCAGAGAAAGUGGAAUGUCAAGCCAGAAGAGUUCCCGCUAGCUUUUCAUUUUUUCCAAUUACAUACAGAGCGUGGGGGUUGCUAUGUCUGGCUCCAGAGUUAGUUAUUUUCAUGUGGGAUAAAGAGUGGGAAGGGGCUGGCCCUCCAAAUGUCACUGGGAGUUAUUUCCCGUCGACGCUACUAAUUGCCGAAGAGGAGUAUCCUCUACAAAAGGGCAGAGCUUCUCCCCUUCAAUGUCGCGUUGUCCCUUGACAUUCUGACUUCUGAAUGGUCCCUUUCAUGAGUUCUGGUCCUCCCCCCGCCCCCCUGCUAUGCAUGUCUGGAAAGUGCCAGCUUCGUGCACACGUGUGUGCACGUGUGAGUGAAGGGAUGUCUGUGACCCCGGGCCUGAUUCCCCCUCUACCGCAGAAGCACUCGAAAAGGUAAUUAAUUAGAGGAAGCUGAUUUUUUCCACCAAGGCCGCUGCCCUUUAGAGUUUCAUUGUCCUUGCUAAGCCGUCGUCCUGGGGUUCGUACUUCUGCGUUAGGCGUAGGGAACAUACUCUCGUUUCAGGUAGGAUGCUAAGCAGCUUAGGAUCUCCGGGUAAGCCUAGUGAGAGCUCGAACGGAACUCACGCAGUUUGAUCCUCUCCCCAAAUGCUUACUGGAUGGAGUUUCCAAAGGAGUCACUGCAACACGUACUUAACAUAUCAUAAGUAAAUAUAUACAGAUAUGUGUGUGCAUAUAUAUAUUUUUGAACUUCCUCAGCCCUUAGUAUUCUGCAGUCCAAUUUCAUCCUCCAGUCCAUCCCCGACAAGCCGGCAAGGUAGAGGUCCGGUUUCCUGACUUCAUCGGCGCUCCCUCCGCCUCCUCAAAGGGCUGCGAUCGCCCGGGGCCUAGGGAUGGCGGGCCGGCUCAAGCCCAGGGGAAGCCCAGCGGUCGCCAGGAAUGGUCGAGCGCCGACUGACCGACAAAUGGAAAGGACAGGGUACGGAGCCCAGAUCGGCCGGGAAGCGUCCCGCUAACUUGCCCCGUUUAGCUCGAGGAGGUUUCCACCCCGACAGCGGCGGAACGGAGAACGAGGACGGGUUUCUCCGGAUCCUCCACAUUCUCCCUCCCGCCCCGGCCUGCUUGACCUGGGAUCGAGCCCAGAGGGAAUCAUCGUGCUUCAGGGUUGGCAGAAGUGGAAGAUUCUCCCUUCUGUCCCUCUCCCCUCCGACCUGCAGUUAUCUAAAGGCCGACUCCCCUACUACGGCUAAGUGGUCCAGCUAGCAGCCGGCCGAGGGGAGCCCCCCACACCCACGACUCCCCGUGGCAGACCCCCUCUUCCCCCUGACCCCGCGGAGAGGGGGAGAAAGUGCUCUUAGAGAAGGAGAGCACAGCAUGGAGGCCAGCGAGAGCGGUGGGUAUCCAGGCAGGCCUGCCCCAGGGAACGGAUGGUUGAAAGAGGGAGGGUCAAUGACUUAGAAGGUGACGAGGGUAGAGUUCGCUCCAUUUUCUUUGUAGAUCAUGCAGACAAAAGAAUCAAGCAACGGUUAUGCUUCUGUGAUGUGGUCUGGCUACUCUGAUUAAGGAAAAACAAAAAAGCUUUCCACCCGCUUAUGUCUUAGUUAAAAACGAUUAUGCACACGUUCCUCAAAUACAGUCUCGGGAUGGGAGUUAUGGAUGGAAAAAUGUAAGUUUAAUUUUCUUUCUAAUCUUGCGGGUUUCAAGAUUAGAAAAUGGUAUAUUUGAUGUCCGGGUGCAUUUGAGAGAACUUCAAAACAAUAAAUUAACGUUGGAUAAAUUAA